CCACAAAACAACUACCAGUGGAGCAGGACCACAUUUGCACAACAUUGGCAUUGGAAUAGUGUCACCCCAUUGCAGCCAUGUCCAGUGCCAAUGUGGUUGAGUAUGAAUUGGUGGAAGAGGAGGAAGUGGGGCGUGCUCCACUGGCUGCAGUGGCAUCAGUGUCACAAGACUAUGGACUGGAACCUGAUGAAGAGUGCAGUCCUGCUGCCACUGGUUUGGCAUCACCAGUGGCUAUUCCUAUGGACGAUGACAACAAGACUGUCUUCGAUGAGACAAACGUCCCAAUGCCAGAGACUGGAAAUGAUGAUGUGAAGACAUUGGUUGGCGAACAGGAAUGGUAUGAUGCAGCCAGGGAUGCUCCCACUCAAGCUCCAAGUGAAUGGACUCCAUGGCUGCCAGUGGAAGUUAAAGAUGCGCCAAUGGAACCACCUACAAAGAAACAGAAGGUCAAAGUGACCAAGAACAAAAUGGCAAGUGGUUCUCGAGUGGCAGCACCAAGUGGUUUGCCUCCACUGCCACCUCCAAAGGAACCACCUCCAAGUGGUGCGGCUUCGACAGCUGGACCCCCAUUGCCACCGCCACCAGUGCCUCCUGGUCCAGUGGUCAAACCGAGGACUGGACUGCUGAACAAGGUGGUGGCACUGGCAGGAGCUGUGCGCAGGAAUGAUGCUGAGUGUGCCCACAAUGUCAUUCGCAACUUGAUGCGAGAUAAGAAUUUCUCAGAUUGCUUACUGCAGCACGAAGCUGUCAUUCGUGCAAAUGGUGUAGACCGAAGUCGCACCUACAGCUGA